AUGGUCGCCGAUCCUUCCACUUCUGACUACACCAAUUUGGUUACAUCGAACGGUUACGAACCUGCCAUGUUCGAUCCCGGGGUGACGCUCAACCGAGCCACCAAGGCUCGGAUCGCCGACGGCAUCAACGAGAUUCUCAAGGCGAUCGGCUCGGAAAACCUCGAUCCGCAAGGCACCGAGCGCACGCCCUUGCGAGUCGCCGAGAUGUUCGACGAGUUGCUCAGCGGCUAUUCGAUCGACCCGGAACAGCUUCUAAACGGAGCCCUCUUCGAUGUCGAAUACGACCAAAUGGUCGUCGUCAAAUCGAUCGAGUACUACAGCCUCUGUGAGCAUCACCUGCUACCGUUCUACGGCUACGCGCACGUCGGAUAUCUUCCCGACAAAAAGGUCGUCGGCCUCUCUAAGAUCCCUCGCAUCGUGGACAUGUUCGCCCGUCGGUUGCAGGUGCAAGAGCGAAUGACCCAGGAGAUCGCGAGUUUCCUCAACACAUUGAUCGAACCGAGAGGCGUUGGCGUGGUGGUAGAAGGCACCCACAUGUGCACCGUGAUGCGCGGCGUUCGAAAACAGGAUCCACGGAUGAUCACGAGCGCAAUGAUGGGAUCUCUACUCGACAAUCCCGCCACCCGCGACGAGUUCAUGGAACACCUUCGCAACCCCACGCUCUAA